ACGGCGGCCCCGUGAGGGGAGGAGGGCGGCAGGGCAGGGGGGCGAGGGCUUUGGCGCCCCUUUUACCACCUCAGCGCCCCUUUUACCACCCCGGCGCCCCCCUCCCGGCCCUGACAGGACCAUGCCCAUGCCCAAGCCCAGCCCCGGCGACGAGCGGUCCCAGCGGCCAGCAGGCGUUGAGGCAGCGGCGGGGCGGCCCCGAGACUGCGGCGAGGAAGGGCCGCGGGCGCCCGCCAGCCCUCCACAAGGCCUUUCCGUGAAUGAGCUGCAGGAAAUAUCUGAUAAGAUCUACAAGCUGACCCUUGCGCAUGAAAUCGUGCUGAAUGGUGACUUCAAACUGCAAAUGGUCGAAUUCUCCCCACUCAGCCUGGAAAACAGAGUGAAGGAGACAUUGCACAAAGCCUUCUGGGACAGCCUGAAAGAACAGAUCUCUGCCAGCCCCCCUGACUACACUCAGGCAAUCCAGCUGCUACAGGAGAUAAAGGAGGCUCUGCUGUCAUUGCUGCUGCCACGACACAACCAAUUGCGAAGCCAAAUUGAAGAGGCCCUCGACGUGGAGUUAAUUCAACAAGAGGCUGAGCACGGGGCUCUGGACAUCCGUGGCCUCGCCACGUACAUCCUUGACACGAUGGCAAUGCUGUGUGCGCCCGUUCGAGAUGAGGAUGUGCAAGGACUGCAAAGCCUCUCAGACCCAGCUCAGCUUCUCAGGGAGAUUUUCCGGGUGUUGGACCUGAUGAAAACGGAUAUGCUGAAUUUUAGCAUCCAGAGCCUCCGCCCCCACUUGCAGGACCAUUCCAUCCAGUAUGAACGGAAGAAAUUCCAGGAACUUGUAGAUAAGCUUCCCAACAGCCUGGCUCACACCACAGAGUGGCUGCGCGAAGCAGUAGCAGAAGCGUCUGCAUCCCUCUCAGAGUCACAGCCCCACUCUGCAGCCUUACAGGGGGCAGUGGGUGGUAGCACAGCUCUGCCAAGUCUCACGUCUGUGCUAAAUCAAGGAUACGUGAACCUGCUCUGCUGGGAGCCUGGACAAAAGGAAUACCCUGAGACACUGCUUAUGGACCAGGCCCGGCUGCAGGAAGUCCAAGCGCAGGUGAAUCAGCUUACUGUCACAGCUGCAGUCCUGCUAGUGACCAGCGGCACGUGUGGAAGUGCCUUAUUUGGCUCACCUGGGUUUGUAGCUAGGCUGAAACUGGUAACAAAGGGCCUCUUGGAAGGGCUGUCUUGUACCAGGUGGGUUACUUUACAUUUUCCUUUUCCAGAAGGAGAAGAGUGAAUAUGUAGGCACUGGUUGGGUGCAGGACAAGCAGCAGGAAUCUCCUUUGGCAGUAGAAGAGGAUCUGAGAUCCAAGUGGCAGCCAGGUCCACUGCAAGGAGUGGGGGAAGCCAGCCAGCGUAUUUGGCUGGGUGUUAGCUCUCUGGGGCAACUGUCCCUUCUUGGUGAAAGGGACCAGUAGUGCUGAUCCCCGUGUCACAGGAGCCAGCCUCAGGGCAGCUGCCUGCCUGCCGAAGGGCAGAGGAAGGGAAGCGUAGCUCACUUGCAGCAGGCACCAGAGCUGUGGCUGAGUGGGGUUUGUCGGAUGCUGCUCCCUGCCCGUGAUCACACCCAAAGGGCACGUGGAGAGACUUCCCUGCUUGCUCUGUGCCUGAGACCCCCUCCCCAACAAAUCUGCCCAGUGGUUGGAGCACAGGUAUAUACCUUUGCAUGAUUUAGGUGUGAAGAAGCUUUGCAAGACGUCAGCGACCAGGUGCUGCAGGAAGUCAGCAGGGCGCUCUCGCAGCUGGGUUACCCUGCUCUUACCAGUGACAAAUGUGCUUCCCUGAAAGGCCAGAUAAAAAGCA